UAUGUGACAGCCCUGCCGUAGAGGAAGAACGUUUCCUACUCUGAAGCUCGUCCAAGUGUGCAACCCUUCCAGCGCGUUCACGCGGUACCGGCACACUGGCUGCAUGAUGGCCGAAGGAGGCGGACCCGAGUCGGGUAACGCGGCAGACUCCGACUCGGAGCCGGUAGCCGCACAAAUGCCAACUCCUUCAAGCGAAAGUCAAAAACAGACUGUUGGGUCACUUUUGAAAACAACUUUAAGGAAGGGUGACGAAUGGUAUCUGAUAGACAGUCGGUGGUUCAAACAAUGGAAGAAGUAUGUGGGCUUUGACAGCUGGGAUAUGUACAAUGUUGGAGAACGCAGCCUCUACCCAGGACCAAUUGAUAACUCUGGGCUGUUUUCAGACCAGGAGACUCAGGCCCUGAAAGAGCAUCUUAUAGAUGAGCUGGACUAUGUCCUUGUACCCACUGAAGCAUGGAAUAAGCUUGUCAGUUGGUACGGCUGCCUUGAAGGCCAGAGGCCCAUAGUUAGGAAGGUGGUUGAACAUGGCAUGUUUGUCAAGCACUGUAAGGUGGAGGUCUAUCUGCUGGAGCUGAACUUGUGUGAGAAUGACAACAUGGACAACGUGGUCACGCGUCAUUUCAGCAAAGCCGAUACUAUAGAUACUAUAGAGAAGGAGAUGAGGACGUUGUUCAAUAUCCCAUCGGAGAAGGAGACCAGGCUCUGGAACAAAUACAUGAGCAACACCUACGAGCAGUUGAACAAGCCAGACAGUACCGUGCAGGAUGCUGGUCUCUUCCAGGGACAGGUUCUUGUUAUUGAGCGCAAGAAUGAGGAUGGCACGUGGCCGAGACAAGCCUCCCAUUCCAAGUCAAGUACAACCCCAUCCCGGAAUUUCACUACCUCCCCAAAACUUUCUUCAAAUUCAUCCGCCAGUAUAUCCCCAACGGUAACCAACGGAGACAGCAACUGUAGCCCUGGAUACACACUCAACAACAGCACCUCCUCUAGCAACAGCAGGUAUGGAGGCUACAAUUCAUACAGUUCCUCAUACAACUACAGAGAGCCACAAUCGCAGCCUGGCCUGUGUGGUCUCAGUAAUCUGGGCAAUACAUGCUUCAUGAACUCUGCCCUCCAGUGCCUGAGCAAUGCAUCUCCACUCACAGAGUACUUCCUCAAUGACCAGUAUGAGGCAGAGAUUAAUCGAGAGAAUCCCCUUGGAAUGAGGGGUGAGAUCGCUGAGGCUUAUGCAGAUCUAGUAAAGCAGAUGUGGCUGAGCCGGAGCAGUUAUGUGGCACCACGUACUUUCAAAACCCAGGUCGGACGCUUUGCCCCCCAGUUUUCAGGCUACCAGCAGCAGGACUCUCAGGAGCUGUUGGCGUUCCUGCUGGACGGGCUCCACGAAGAUCUGAAUCGUGUCAAGAAGAAGCCUUAUCUGGCCCUGAGGGAUGCAGAGGGCCGUCCAGAUGAGAUAGUUGCCAAGGAAGCAUGGACGAACCACCGCCUGCGCAAUGACUCUAUCAUAGUUGAUAUUUUCCACGGCCUCUUUAAAUCCACAUUGGUGUGCCCGGAGUGCUCCAAGGUGUCUGUAACCUUCGACCCCUUCUGCUACCUCACUCUGCCUCUGCCCAUGAAGAAGGACCGUACCAUGGAGGUUUUCCUUGUGCGAUCAGAUCCUCAAUCUAGACCAACACAGUACCGGGUAGUGGUCCCCAAACUGGGUACAGUGACAGACCUAUGCAGCGCCUUGUCCAAACUCUGUGGAAUCCCUCCAGAAAAUAUGGUGGUUGCAGAUGUUUACAAUCAUAGGUUCCAUAAAAUUUAUAGACGGGACGACGGCCUCAACCAAAUCCUGGAAAAAGAUGACAUCUUUGUGUAUGAGGUCCAGGAGGAGGACAGUGAGAGGAUGAACCUGCCUGUAUAUUUCAGGGAGCGCCACUCCAAGCACGCUGGAAGCUCCACAAGCACCAUGCUGUUUGGCCAGCCUUUACUCAUCACCGUGCCCAGACACAACCUCAUAGCAGACACUCUUUACGACAAGAUCCUAGAGAGGAUUGGACGCUAUGUAAAACGUUCCCAGAGCCCUAACGGUGAAAGCAGGGCAUCAGCCUCAGCCUCAGCCACCUUAGCCAGCUGCAGCCAGGCUCCUGAAUGUUCCACGUCGUCUACUGUCAACGCCAGCCUGGGUGGCUGUGGCAGCCCCGUCUCUGACGGGGCCUCCUGCAGUGCCAGCUCCAGUAAUGGCAGCAACCACUCAGGAACCUGCCAUGAAACUAAUGGGCUAUAUGAUGGUGAAGAGGAGGCCAUGGACCACCAGGUGAGUCCGGAGCCAGAGAAUGGCCAUUCUGAAGAGGAGGAGACAUCUGACUUGGAAAAUGGGUCUAAAGGAGAUGCUGCCAAGCUCUUCACUUUCAGCAUAGUCAACUCUUACGGAACAGCCAACAUCAGCCCGUUGCCUUGUGAUGGAAAUGUCCUCAAACUUAAUCCUCAUUCAACAGUGGCAAUCGACUGGGACACAGAGUCAAAGAAACAGUGUUAUGAUGAACAGGAAGCAGAGGCCUAUGAGAAGCAUGAGAGCAUGCUGCAGCCCCAGAAAAAGAAAGCCACUGUGGCUUUGAGGGAAUGCAUCGAGCUCUUUACAACCAUGGAGACACUUGGAGAACAUGACCCAUGGUAUUGUCCAACAUGCAAGAAACACCAACAGGCGACAAAAAAGUUUGACUUGUGGUCGCUUCCUCGCAUUCUGGUGGUUCACCUAAAGCGCUUCUCCUACAACCGAUGUUGGAGGGACAAGCUGGACACUGUGGUGGACUUUCCCAUCAGAGAUCUAAACAUGUCCGAGUUUGUCUGUGACCCAAAGGCCGGCCCCUACAUCUACGACCUCAUCGCCGUAUCAAACCACUAUGGAGGAAUGGGAGGAGGCCACUACACAGCGUAUGGAAAGAACAAAGUGGACGGAAAGUGGUAUUAUUUUGAUGACAGCAGCGUCUCAUCUGCCUCAGAGGACCAGAUUGUGACUAAAGCUGCCUACGUGCUGUUUUAUCAACGUAGAGACGAGGAAGCCCCCGCCAAACCUCAACCUUCGGCCUCGCUGGGAGGAGCCCCUGAGGCGGGUGACGACCACAUGGACACAAACUGAGGAGCCCUAUCGCAAAGGGACACACUCUGAAAACACAAAUAGAGACACUUGGACCCACACAUUCAAAGCUACUUUAGUGACAGAGGUGUCCAGAGACUUGACAUAAUUAACCCUACCUUCCCCGCGUUUUAUUUGAUUUCUGUCUCGUAUGUUGUCAGCUACUAGAGCCAACAGCCUCAUCAGAAGAAUGAACUGAGAGACUUCCUCCCUGCAGCGGGUGGUCUACUGAUUUCUAGUUUACUAGUCUGCAACUAAGGGGACUCUAAACAGAUAUAGAUCCUCUCACUGGAUGCACAGAAUGUUAGAAGUGCCCUCAAACGUGUAGAUAAACAAAUGUUUCUGUUGCCCACGAGAGUCAGAAAUAUUAAAGAAAAAAAAAGAAAAAAAAGCCAAAUGCACAUAUUGUUUCAACCAAAGCGUUCCAAGGUAUUUAUGAUGAAACUGAUCGACUGUUUAGAAGGAUACUGGCACCGUGCCUAGGUUUAUCGCUAAUACUCCUGCUGUGCCGAGGUAAAUGCAGACGUUUGACAGUGUGACGCGCACACAGAACAAUACAUGCCACGCUCGCUGAAAGAAUCGUUUCCACUCAUGUCACCUGUUUUAAAGAGGAGCGGCCGUGGCAGCUCCUGGCCCUGCUGGAUCUGUGUCACGGUCUAAACCGCCGAGGGGGAUGUCUCGUUUCAAGGUUUUCAACGUGAGAGCCGUGGCAGAAGCUGCUUUUCGGCCUUGCUCUCGUUCAGCCAUCCGUUUUGUUUGUUUGUUUUGAUGCACAGCUUGGGCUCUGCUGUCUCUUGAGUCUUACCCUUCAACAGUUUUUCAUUUCUUUUCUUUUUUUUUUGUAAUCACAAUGAAAAAGCGGCCUUUCGAUUCCUGCAACCUGACAAAAAGGAGGCACUUUGAAUUCUCCACGAGUACAUUAUCUACCUGCUUCUGGUGUAUCUAGACAUGACAGAACUGUAUGGUUCGACCUUAGCAUUAAGGGUUAUGGUCUGUCGUACACUCCCAGAUCAUUUUAACGUGUCUUUUAAGCAUUUUUUGAUUGCUGCCUGAUUGGACCCCUAGCUCACCUGCAACAGCUUGUCCUUCUUAGUCUUGUACAAUAAUGCAGCUCUGUAAUGAAAUGGCUAUGUUAUUUGAUAUCUUCAAAGCACACGAACUGAAGUGAAAUAAACUAGUAUAAAAGUGGUGCUUUAUUCAUGAAACUUGAACUCGCUCCUCCUCCAAAUGAGGGGGGGAAGAGAGAAAUCCCUCCCAUGUGUUAUCAGAUGGGAGCAUGAUAGCUGAAGCUUAGCGGCAUUCUCACUGAAUGCAGGCACUUUGAGCCAUUGGUUUUACCUGCAGUGAUCGUAGUACACUACUGAAGUUGUGAUGAUUUAAGUAAACAGUCCUUUUAUUUUGUGUUGAUAGACAUAACAUGAAGCCCGGUCAUAACCCGUGUUUUGAAUGCGAGUAUAAAAUAGAAAGCAUUUGUGUAAUGCUCAACAUCAAAGGUCUUUUAGUAAAAACCGGUGGCAGUUCCGACUUCCUUUAUCUGGUCUCAUAAGUCUCGUUCUGUGGCAUCAACUCUGCACUUUGUUGCAUACUGGCAUCUUAAACAUGUGGACGCUCCAGAUGCUCCUUCUAUUGGUUUGUUCUUGCCAUCCCUAUGUUAUUGAGAGAUAACUAAAUGUAAUCAUUUAUGCCUAUGACUAGAAAAGCUUUACAUCCUCUCUGUAAUCAUAGAGACUUAGCUGAAAAUGACUAAAAAUCUUUUAUCCCUUACCCUAAAAUAAAAAUCACGACUCGCCCUCUAAAAUAAGCGGAGAUGUAAAUACUCGCACUAUUUUAAAUAGGUGUAUAAAUUCUUGUCCCCAUAUUUAUCGUACUGCUGAUAUCUCUAGUUUUUUUUUUCUUUUGUUUUUAAAUGAAAAACAUUUGAGUUUAAAGUACAAUAAAGACUGGGAGCCUCAAA